CAACACCAGUUUAGCUAGCUGCUGCACUGUGCAGGCUUCUCUUUACCAUUGUUCAGACAGACACUCGGAGCUUUUAUUCUGAAGUGAUGGCUUCUGCCUGUCCUAUUCAACACAUCCAUCAGUGCUAACUGCACGGUACCAUCUUUUCUAAGGGAGACUGGUUCUUAGAAUAAAAUCACCCCCUCCAGAACAGCUGGAGCACUGCAGGCUUAUAUAACCCACAACACCGGUUUAACUAGCUGCUGCACUGUGGAGUCUUAUACCUACCAUUAUUCAGACAAUGAACCUCUCGGAUAUUGUUCAAUCAUUCAAGGCUUUUAUUCUGAAGUGAUGGCUUCAGCCAGUCCUAUUCAACACAUCCAUCAGUGCCAGCUGCACAGUAUCAUCUUCAGCACCGGUACCUUUCCCAAGUCCCCUAGGAUCUGAGGCUUUCUUCAGCGUUGGGGGGUCUUCUAGAUGUUUUCCCAAAUCCUUCUGUUUGCCAUCAACUUCCUGCCUGUGAAUAUGGCACAUUUCCUCUCCAGUUUGAUGAAAUCUAUCCCAGUUCUAAAGGACUUUCUGACGAGCCCACAACAGGAGCCGAUCACCUUCAGCAACCGGAAGGGUUUGCAAUGCAUCUUGCCACUAAUAAAAAGUGUGGAAGAAACUCCUCAGCCCAUCCAGACAAAAGUCAAAGGGCAUAUUCCCAAGUGGCUCAAAGGCAGCCUGCUAAGGAAUGGGCCUGGGAAGUUUGAGUUUGGAGAGGAGAAAUUUAACCAUUGGUUUGACGGCAUGGCCCUGCUGCAUCAGUUCCAACUAGAAAAUGGCACUGUGACUUAUAAAAGCAAGUUCCUGCAGAGUGAUUCCUAUGUGACAAACAGCCAGCACAAUCGGAUUGUGGUCUCGGAAUUUGGAACCUUGGCUGUGCCUGAUCCAUGCAAGAGCAUCUUUGGGCGCUUCAUAUCAUGGUUUGAGAUGCCACGGUCAACGGAUAACUCCAGUGUGAACUAUGUGGUGUACAAGGGAGAUUAUUAUGUCAGCUCUGAGACCAGCUAUAUGCACAAAGUGGAUCCAGAAACCCUGGAAACCAAGGAGAAGGUGGAUUGGAGCAAAUUUAUUGCAGUGAAUGGAGCAACAGCCCAUCCACAUUAUGAGCCUGAUGGGACAGCCUACAACAUGGGCAACUCUUACGGGAAACAUGGCUCCAGCUAUAACAUUAUUCGGAUUCCUCCACAGAAAUCUAACUGCAGCGACAUGUUGCAGGGAGCCAAAGUCGUGUGCUCUAUUGCUCCUGCUGAGAAGAUGAAACCCUCCUACUAUCACAGUUUUGGAAUGAGUGAGAACUAUGUGAUCUUCAUCGAGCAGCCCAUCAAGCUUAAUCUGCCUCGGAUCAUCACAUCCAAGUUCCUUGGGAAGCCCAUUGCUGAUGGGAUAAACUGGGAGCCACAGUACAAAACCCGCUUCCAUGUGGUGAAUAAGCACACGGGAGAGCUGCUUCCUGGGCAGUUUUACAGCAAGCCAUUCGCUACCUUCCAUCAAAUCAACACCUUUGAAGAUCAGGGCUGUGUGGUCCUUGACCUCUGCUGCCAGGACGAUGGAGGGAGCCUGCAUAAUUACCAGCUCCAAAACCUGCGCAAAGCUGGGGAGGGUCUGGAUCAGAUCUAUAACUCGACAGCCAGAGCUUUUCCACGCCGCUUUGUUCUCCCACUGAAUGUGGAUUCAAGUGUGCCCAUAGGGCAGAACCUCAACCCUUUGUCCUACACAUCAGCGAGUGCUGUUAAAGAGGCGGAUGGGACGGUCUGGUGCAUGCAUGAAAAUCUCCACUCUGAGGACCUGAAGGAGUUUGGGGGCUUGGAAUUCCCCCAGAUUAACUACUCGCGUUGCAAUGGCAAAAAGUACCGCUUCUUCUAUGGCUGCGGCUUUGGGCACCUGGUGGGAGAUUCACUGAUCAAGAUCGAUACAGAAACCAAACAAAUGAAGAUUUGGCAAGAGGAUGGAUUCUACCCUUCAGAGCCUGUGUUUGUGCCAGUGCCUAAAGCCACCGCAGAAGAUAGUGGAGUCAUUCUGUCCGUAGUGGUCACACCCUUGCAGAACAAAAAUACUUUCCUGCUUAUCCUGGAUGCAGAGACCUUCAGAGAACUGGGCCGUGCAGAAGUCCCAAUACAACUGCCUUAUGGAUUCCAUGGAAUCUUUGUCCCACGUUAAUGGAGAAGCCAGCUACCUCUUACUAGAAGCUCCUCGCCACUUGAAGCACAGGAUUAGGUCGAGCAUAAUGUUGAAUCUCUAUUUUCCUUGCCUUUGGGUCCUGCAUUGUGCCUUUGAUGAAGGAGCUAGCUCUGUAGCCCCAAAGCUGUUCUCUGUGCUGCUAUAAUAUUAUUAAUAUGCAGUGAAUGGGUCUGAUCCUAACACUGUGCAAGGCAAUAGCCUCUCCUCCAGAAUAGCCCAUUGCCUUGGCUCACUUCACUGGCCUACUCUGCCAGUCUGCUACAGCCCACAUGCUGCCAAGAGCUGGGUAGGCAAUAGAGGCAGCAAUGUGCUCCGGGUGGGAGAGGCCAGGAAGCAGCUCUGCUCCAAGCGACGGCUUUGGCUUUAGUGCACAAAGCUAAAGACCAGAAGGGACCAAGGGAAGGAGGGAAAAUUGCCUCUCCCAAGUCCCAGGUGUGCCUCUGCUUUUGGAGGAAAUGACCUCAGUUCAACCAGGAAGAGCAGAGAGGGUUUUGCCCCACCUGGCAGCUGGAAAAGGUCAGUUCCAGAGUUUGUCUGUGCACUAGCAGCUGGUGCAAAUGUCAGUCCUUUUCCCCAUACUGUCAUUGGAAACCCUGCAUAUGUCAAACCACACCCCUGCCACAACACACUAGUGAAACCCAUGUGGGUCGAAGACCCCAUCCCCAUCAUACACUCAUGGUAAAACCAGUGUGGGUCAAACAUGCCCCAACACACCCCUACUUUACCUUCCCGGUGAAACCUACAGGAGUCAAAUGCCCCUGACAUGCCUCAACCCCAGUGAAACCAGAAAGAAUCAAAUAUGCCUCCACACUAUAUCCUGCCAUCAAGUCAGAGUGCGUCAAACACUUCCCUGCCAUGCCCUGGACAAUCCACAAUGAAACCAGCAGGGAUCAAAUUCAACUCUCUUUUUAUUUUUUCUACUUGCACACUUAGGGCACACCUACACAGCAGGACUAAAGCCGAAAUAAGCUUCCCAACUUCAGCUACGUCAAUUGCGUAACCUAAGUUGAAACAGCUUAUUUCGGCUUUUGGCGCUGUCUAUGCAGCAGGAAGUCCAAGACAGCAUUCUUCCUCCAAUUUCCCUUGCUCCUUGUAAAAUGAGGUUAUGGGAGUCAGAGUAAGAAAUCCUCCAACUCGCCACUAUUUUAACAUUCUGUUGAAAUAACUGCUUGUAGUGUAGACGUGGACUAUAUUAUUUCAGAAUAACGUUAGUUAUUCUGAAAUAACACUGCUGUGUAGAUGUACCCUUGGGGGCAAUACGUUAACUGAUCUUCCUUCAGUAUAAUAUAACUCCUGUUCAUUCAUUCAUCUUUAAGGUAGAAGGGCAGGUCCCUUGGUUCUCAGAUGCUUUAGUUGUGGUGGAAUGGGUGAAGAGAGAAUCUGUCGGUUGGUUUUGGAGGCCACAUACAGUUCCUUAUUGUCUGUCUCUACUAAUAAAAUACUACUCAUGGUGAA